UUCAACUGUUAUGAAACCUUGAAAUGACAUAACUUUAUUGUUCAAAAGUUCAGAACAGUCAGCUGCAUGUGUGCGUGUAUUUCUUCUCACCAGCAGUUGCAUCCUGUCACAUGAUUUCCUGUGCUAGUCAGCCUCAGUGUGGACAGACGUACCAUCUGCAUCACCUGCAGGACUCCAUCUGACAUGCAGAGGAUGUGGCCUCAGUGCCGUCUAAAGACGUUUAUUUAGAUCUUAAGGUGGAAGUUUUUUUUUUUGUUAUUACAUCUUUGAGUCGGAGCUUCAUCGGAAACCUUUGGAGAUGUAAUUUUUGUGAAGACGUCCUUUCUAUUCCACUUUUCGUUGUUGAUAAAGAAGAAGUGAACGGAAAAUGGAGAGCCAUAAAUCAGUCAACUUCAUGAGACUUUUAUCAGAUGAAAGCACCAGAUCCACCGUGUCUUCAGACUCCUGUGAGUACUAUGAGACAGAGAUCUAUGACCUGCUGCCCAGUGUCCAGGCUUGCCGGCUUGAGCAGAGCAGGUACGGUCCCUCUGAGGGCAGCGAGGACGGCAGUUUGGGCCCAGAGUCCACAGAGGGUGAGAGCAAUGGCUACCGGGCCAGGGGACCCAGAGACAAAGCAUCUGUGCCGCCGCUUAGAAACCUACCAGUGUGUAUGCAGGGCAAGCGAGGAAUCAGGGAGAGGAGGAAGAUGCAAAUCAGUAGAAUUGGUGUUUGGGCGUCUUGGAGGCGGAGCCAUAGCAUCACCUGUAGGAGAUGGUGCGGUCACGUGGGAGAGUGGUUCUCCGGUCUGGUGCCAUGGAAGCACACGCUGCAUAAAAUUGAAGGUAGGGUUGGUGUCGGCGUGAAGUCCUACUUUGUCUUCCUCAGAUAUCUGAUUUGGCUGAACCUGCUGCACUGUGCUCUGGUUGGGGGCUUCAUUGUGGGCCCCACAGCGUUUCACCUUGGUGAUAGAGGGAUGGUUUUUACAGAACUGUUGAAUACGGUUAAAAAUUUCUCAGCUUUAGAUAUCUUUCUUGGAACGGGAGUCCUGGAAAACUCUCCUCUGUUCUUUGGUUUUUACAAGUACAUCUCUUUUAAUUUUCCCUGCUUGAAUACACCCCUGUUAUACUUUGCUGGGAUCAUCUCCAUCCUUCUCCUGAGUUUGAUCAUGGUGAUCCGCAGAACAACUGUUGGCUAUAAGCACACAUGGAUGUUGGGGAAACGCUACAGCACAAACGUGAGCUUUAAGAUCUUCUGCGGCUGGGACUUCACCAUCCAGGACCCCACAGCUGCGACGCUCAAGCACAGCUUCAUCAGGAAUGACCUAAAGCUGUUGCUGCAGGAGCAGAGCUUCUCCAUGAGGAAAGCCAUGAGGACGCUUGGACAGAAGCUGCGUCUCUACCUCCUCAGGUUUAUCCUCAACGUGAUUGUCUUAUGCCUGCUGGGUGGAGCCUUUUACCUCAUCCACUUCUCUACUUAUGUCUCUCAGGAAAAAGCGAAUGAACUUAUCUGGCUGGUCGACCUGUUCUAUCAGUAUCUUCCCCCCUUCACCAUCACCUUUGUGAACCUGGUUUUGCCUCAUAUGUUUCGUAAGAUCUCCUCUUUCGAGGACUACUCUUUCACCGUGCAGGUGAACGCCACACUCGUGAGGAGCAUCUUUUUGAAGUUGGCGUCCCUGGGGAUCUACUUGUUCUUCUUCUUCAGGGGUCUUCCAGAUGUUUGCAGGGAAAACCGGUUCGGCAGGGAGAUGUACAAGUUGUGCAUCUUCAACUUCCUCGCCACAUUCUGCAGCACUUUUCUCCUGAACUACCCCAGGAAGCUGCUGCAGGAGAAGUUCCCGACCUCACUGCUGGCUCGUCUCUGUGGGAAACAGCGCUUCCUGAUUCCCUUCAAUGUGCUGGAUCUGGUUUAUGUUCAGACGGUGUCCUGGGUGGGAGUCUACUUCUGCCCCCUGCUGCCUCUCAUUGGAAUCUUCAUGCUGACGGCUACGUUCUACAUCAAAAAGUUCAGCGUCCUGCACUGCUGCAGGGCCGAACAGCGCAUGUUUCGGGCCUCCAGCUCCUCGGUUCUGUUCUACUUUAUGCUGCUUCUGGGACUCCUCAUGGCCGCCGUCACCCUGGGCUUCAACUUCCAAAUGCAGCAAAGCACCUCAAAGUCCUGCGGCAUGUUAAGAAGUGGAGCAACUGUUUUUAACGUGACAGGAGAGUGUGUGAAGAGUCUCCCUACUGCAGCCCAGACCACCAUUCGCUACCUGUCCUCGGAGGCCUUUGCUCUGCCGCUCAUCCUCGCAGAGAUCAUCAUCCUGACCUCCUAUCUGUCACGCGGUCGAGCCAAUACCAAGGCCAUCGAGAGGCUGAAAGACAUGCUGGUCAUGAGCAGCUCGGAUAAGCGGUUCUUGGUGAGGCAGCACGCCACUUUGCUCAAAAGCCGGAAAGUCACCAGCAGAAGUCACUGCAGCAACGCAGCGGAGGACAGACCGCCGAGAAGUGACAGAGCGAGCAAACAAAGCCAUCAAACAAUCAAUGAAUUCUGAUGGUGCCAAUUUAGAAAAAUGUAUAGUAAAUGGGUGUAAUACUGAUGUGAUUCCGACCUGACUGAAAAGUAUUUUUGAGAACAUUGUGAAAACCUUGUUGCUGUUUGAAACAAUGUUUUGUGUUUAACAACGCUGUAACCCUUUAACACCUGAGGCGUCGCCGGUGACGCUUAAACACAAAAUC